AACGAUGAUUAAUCGGCCUUUUUUUAAUGAAGAUUUAUUUGAAAUUACAUUUACAUAAAUUAAAAGAAAGCUAUCGUUAAAUGUUAUUGCCAUCAAUAUAUUCGAAUAUUAUUUAAAAAUCCUACAGGUUUUAUUAAGAAAUUUGAACACAUAUAGUACCACAAGAAAAUUAUGCAAUUAUUUCGAAUAACUAUAAAAUUAAAGUUUAAAAUAUUUAAUUGUGGCCCCCCUCCCCCUCCCCCUUGUUUAGUUUGUGCUGUGUUGAUAAGAGAAUUCCUUCCUAUUACCAUAUUACAUAAUUUUAUAUUAUUUAAUGUGUCAGUUAGCUUUAAGUUUUCGUACUUUUAUGCAAGCAAUGGAAGAUAACAAGGAAAUGUUGAGUGGUUUUAUGAUCGUGAAAUCUAAAAAAUGGUUGCAACGAGAUCAGAAAGUACUGUGUAUUCUCACAAAAGAUCGUUUGGAUUUUUUUCACAAGAAAGCAGUGAAUGGUGAGUCUCCUGAAGAAAGUGUACUGCUACACGAUGUUAUCAAUGUUGAACUACAGCUGUACAGUACAAUAAAUUUAGUAAGAAAAGGAAAGGGUGAUAUCUCCAUGCGUCCUGUAGAUGGAAAUUCUUUGCAUAAAUGGUAUGGAGCUCUAAGAGAAGCCAUGAUGAAAUCUAUGUACAAGUCGGAUAAGAGGCAAUCGAAGGAGAAGGGUUUGAGAAGAAGUAAAACUAAGGUUGAAGGAGAAAUGAUCUCUAACCUGAGGAGGCUUAAGGACAAGAGGAUAUCUCAAUCAGUCACUGAACUCACAGAUCUUCAGGGUCCCAUCUAUCCUAAUAUGCCUUUAAAGAAAGCGGCAGCAUUAUCUGUAGCUUCAAUGAAUUCAGGAGGGUCUUCUGGAGGUGGAUCUAGAAAAGCUCGAAUUCCAAUUGGAACUUCAAUAGCUAAAGAUCUGUAUCUUAAAAAUGAAAGUGUUAUGAUGGAUCAUAAUGAAGUUAUUCUUUCUGAAGAUCUAGAACAGUUUUCCAGCCAUGAACCUGAACCUGAAGAACCUUUUAUUGAUCAUGAUGAUAAUCUUACAUCUAAAAAUCUGAAAAUAACCCGUGCAUCCUUGCCUUCCCUACAGCUGGAACGAACCGUUCAUUUCUCCUCUCAGGCCAGCAUAAGUGUAUUCAUGAAAGAUAUUGAAGAUGAAAAUCCUGAAAAAGAAAGCUGUUCUCCCACAAAGCAAAAAUCCAAGCGGUUUACCUGGAAAAGUAUUAAAAAGAACAAAAAUAAAACCAAAGAAGAUAAACCAACUCCAGAAACUUGCGCCAGGGAAAACACAACACUUUCUAUUACAACACAACCUGUUAUUGUAACUGAGGAACUGAGCAGAGAUCUGUCUAAUUUAGUAUCCGCUCCCUUUGCUGAACCUGAGUUUAAACUCAGAGAUCAUCUGAGCGAAGAAUCAACCCUGAGACGGGGUUCAAUAUCAGAUCAACUUCGGGACGGACUUAGGUUGAUGGUUUUGAAGAAGCAGGAUUUUAGACAUUCCUUUCCUGAGAUUUCGUUUCCUAUAAAGGAGGAACUUGGAGAUAAUAUAAAAAACGAGGCUGGGGAGACAAGAAUCCUGCAUGCUCAAAUGGAUGAAAUAUUGACCAAAACUAUAAGAGAACAUUCUCAAAAGAGAAAAGAACAAAAGAUCACAGAAAGCAGGAGAGAAGCACCAAAGUUACCGGAAAAACCGCUAAAAUUUCGCAUUAGACAACUUGAGAAAAUUGUCAACGGUUCUAUAAAUCCUGGCGGAAACAAGUUCUCCAAAGACGACAUUUUAAAACAGCUUGAUUCGUUGAGGAAGAUAUUAACUACAGAUGAACUUAUCCACGGGCUCAAGGAAAAGGAAACAAUAUAUGACAAAGUCAAAGGGCCCUGCAGAUCGAUCAAAAAACAUCGGAUUCUCAAACAUUCAAAAUCUUUUUCAUUGGACUAAAUUGUUUUUAAACUUUGUGAUUUUUAGUUUUACUGUGCUUUUUGUAUCUUUU